AUCCCAGGAAAGGAAAAACGACUCCCGGUUGAGACCAAAAUCAUUCGGGAAAGACCCUGUCCGGUGACGUCCAUUCUAGGGACUAUACAGCCUGGCUGACGCGACUACACUUAGAGGAUAUUCUGGAUCUGGUGUCAACCAGACUACUACUAUUAGCAUCCUACAGGAAGGAGAUAAAUUACUUUCAUUCUGACAGUUUUCCUUCGUUUCCGGCCGUUUUGGGUGUAGGUACUGGGGCGAUUAUUUUAUUUUAAAGGGACUACGCUGAAAAAAAGAGAAAACGGUUUUGUUUCGGGAACAUCAAAGUAACUGUGUUGUUAACUGCUGUAAUUUGAGAUAAACUACAUCGAUUGUUAUUUCCCUUUAUUUCUGAAUGUCUGUAUGGAGUCAAAGUCAUAACUUGGCGCAGGUGUAGUUGAAGGCUAUGUGGUGUGGUCGUGUAACAUUCCAAACACCGUUUCCCGAAAAAUCUGCCUUUCCUGUCGGAAGCCUGGAGAGUUGAGAGAGAGAGGGGCGAGCCCCCGAACAUGAUCUCACGGAGCGGGAAUGCGAGGAGCCAUGAGCUGGUCGGGUUGCCACGGCGGGCUGAGCUGCUCUGGAGCCGGGAUUAACCUGGUCUACCUCUCGCUGCUGCUCUGGAGCUCCUGCUCUGGCAUGGACGGACUGGCUGAUUUCUCAAAAUACCUGUCCCGGAUCAUUACCAGUCACUCUGUGCAUGCGUGCGACGGACAGCAGUUACGUCUCUACUGUCCACGCCACUCCACCAUCUCUAUCCAGUCGGCGUUUUACGGCCGUGCCGACGCAGCGCUCUGCACCAAUGGGACGGCUGCGGGUGUCAGAGCGGCCAACUACAGCUGUUCCGCGUUGACGACCCUACAGAAGUUACUGUCAGAGUGUCAGAGCCACAGAGACUGUCAGCUACCUGUCAAUCACCUGGUGUUUGGGCCCGACCCCUGUCCUGGGACCAUCAAGUACCUCCACGUCACCUACAAGUGUAAACCUACUGAGCAUAAGAGCAGUGUGGUGUGUGAGGGAGAGAAGCUGACGUUACACUGUAAGCCUCCCAGAGUGCUGAUCAUCUACACAGCUGCUUACGGUAGGGGUCUGGGUCAUACCUGUCCCUCACAGGACAGAGGAACACCCCCGUUUGAGUGUUUGAACCACAAUGCGGUUCACACUCUGUCACAGAGCUGCUACAGCAAACAGAGGUGUGUUGUCGCCGUAGACAACCAGACCUUCAGAGACCCCUGCUACCCUGGAACCAGGAAGUACCUGACUGUACUCUACUCCUGUGUACCACAGACAUUACUGCAGGAAGCAGACCCAGGUGUACUACACAGACCCACCUCUCACCCAAAAGCCCACCCCGGUCCUCCCCCAGCCCACCCCGGUCCUCCCCCAGCCCACCCCGGUCCUCCCCCAGCCCACCCUGGUCCUCCCCCAGCCCACCCUGGUCCUCCCCCAGCCCACCCAGAUCCUGCAGAUGUGGCUGUCUUUCCUAAGGACUCCAGAACACCAGGAAACACAGGAGUCAUGAUGAGUAACUCUGUUAUGACUUACUCCUAUAUUAAAGAGCACCCAGAGACUGCUGCGUUGCUGUUCACCUCCAGUGUGUGUGUUGGUCUGCUACUCACCCUGCUGGCUGUGUCUAUCAGACUGACCUGUAGGGGGCUCCGCCACACACACAAAACACAAACAUGCAGGAGCCAGGAAGAGGAGGAUGAUGAUGAUGAUGAAGAAGAGGAGGAGAUGACUGACUGCUCGCUGCUGUCGGACUCAGACAGGCAGCUGGCUUACUGCUGGGAGGAAGUGAGCUACAGGACAGCGGACGCGGAGAGGCUAGAACGCAUGGAGAGGAGGGACAUGGUGAUCCAGGAGAUCUGGAUGAACUCUGAUCUCUACGGGACGUCCUGUGAUCAGAACCAGACUCCUUCUCUACCACUCAGUUACACACAGCUGGAGUAACAGAACCAGACUCCUUAUCUACUACUCAGUUACACAGCUGGAGUAACAGAACCAGACUCCUUAUCUACUACUCAGUUACACAGCUGGAGUAACAGAACCAGACUCCUUAUCUACUACUCAGUUACACACAGCUGGAGUAACAGAACCAGACUCCUUAUCUACUACUCAGUUACACAGCUGGAGUAACAGAACCAGACUCCUUAUCUACUACUCAGUUACACAGCUGGAGUAACAGAACCAGACUCCUUAUCUACUACUCAGUUACACACAGCUGGAGUAACAGAACCAGACUCCUUAUCUACUACUCAGUUACACACAGCUGGAGUAACAGAACCAGACUCCUUAUCUACUACUCAGUUACACACAGCUGGAGUAACAGAACCAGACUCCUUCUCUACUACUCAGUUGCACACAGCUGGAGUAACAGAACCAGACUCCUUAUCUACUACUCAGUUACACAUAGCUGGAGUAACAGAACCAGACUCCUUAUCUACUACUCAGUUACACAGCUGGAGUAACAGAACCAGACUCCUUAUCUACUACUCAGUUACACACAGCUGGAGUAACAGAACCAGACUCCUUAUCUACUACUCAGUUACACACAGCUGGAGUAACAGAACCAGACUCCUUAUCUACUACUCAGUUACACACAGCUGGAGUAACAGAACCAGACUCCUUAUCUACUACUCAGUUACACACAGCUGGAGUAACAGAACCAGACUCCUUAUCUACUACUCAGUUACACACAGCUGGAGUAACAGAACCAGACUCCUUAUCUACUAUUCAGUUACACACAGCUGGAGUAACAGAACCAGACUCCUUAUCUACUACUCAGUUACACAGCUGGAGUAACAGAACCAGCCUCCUUAUCUACUACUCAGUUACACAGCUGGAGUAACAGAACCAGCCUGUAUGUGUGAGAGAGAGUUAUUUUUUACCUUUAUUUAACGAGGCAAGUCAGUUAAGAACAAAUUCCUCUCCUCUCCCCUCCUCUUCCUCUCCUCCUCUCCUAGUCCAACGCUCUAACCACUAGGCUACCCUGCCGCCCCAGUUAUGCUACAGGGAGGGGAUUACUGGGUCGUCUGGUCCAUCAGACUGACCCCUAGUCUACACUAAGUGAUUGAGGGAUGUUUUGGUAAUGUGAAUAUAGGAAUUCCAGAGUUUGGAACCUCUGUAUCUGAUAAGAGAAUUCUCUCUGGUUUUAUGGAUUUGGGAAUGAACCUGGAAGAAUACAUUGAAGGGGUUAGGUAGGUUGUCAGGGAAGUAUGUAUAUUUAUAGAUGAAGGUGAAUAAUUGGAGUAUAUUAAUGUUGUAUUUGGAAGAUAAUAUAUUGAGUUUCUUAAACGGGGGGGGGGGGGAUGGAGUUAGUUAGAGGAGGUGGCUAGUCUGGCCAAUGUCUUUUGUAUGAUGAGUAAUUUGUGUAUGUAGGAAACUAAUAUCUUUCCAGGACAACUUUUCAUCACAGAGGAAUCUAGUAGAUUUCAUUGCAUUUUGAUAUUCUGGCUCUUUUUGUAUAGACACACAUUUACAUAUAUUAUAUAGUUCAGAUUCUUACCUGUGAAUACAAUGUAGUGGGAUUUAUCAAUAUUUAUAGUUAAUCUGGAACCAUUCGGGAAAAUGUGGCCACGCAUGACUUGGCUUCAUUGAUUUGUGAAUUGAAUUUUUUUUUGUGUGAUCAAAUCAAGUUGGUAUCAUCGGCAAAAAAGAAUGUGAAGUACGGUAGGUCAUUGAUAUACAGAUUAGGAAUAACAAAGGUCCAAGGAUCGAACCCUGUGGAACGCCACAGGAAAUCUUCGCACUUGGUAGAUGAACAACCAUUUGCAUACAGAAAUGGUUUUCUAAUCAUAAACAUAAUUAUAUAGCCAUUUAUAUGUAUAAUCAUGACAACCAUAAAUAUGCAAUUUAGCAAGUAUUAUUUCAUGAUUAACCGUGUCAAACAUUCUAGAUCAAUCUAGAAAGACGACAAGAGCGUAUUCAUUGUUGUUCAGGCUAUUUUAUUAGGAUCUCUAUUAGCUGUUGCAAAAGCAGCAGCUACUCUUAUAAUAAUAAUAAUAAUAAUAUAUAAUAUCCAAUAGGGGAGAGUCGUGUUGCUUUAUCUGUUUUUUGAAACCAGGU